AUGCGCCCUUCAGACGAAACCACCGCCUGGAGCAAAGCAAGGAUUGAACGACGGGCCACAGUCCGUCAAACAAAGCAAAAGGGGCGGUGCCUUUUCACCAAUGAGGCCUGUGAGCCAGGCCAAGUGGUCUUUGUGGAGAAGCCGCUUCUUGUCGCUUUGCCAGCUGUGGCGCCCAAGCUCUGGGAAUGUCUGCAGAAGCUGCAUGGAGCCUCCGCCUUGGCUGGUGGCAUGUGUCGCGCUGUCAUGACUGAUGUGGCGUGA